AUUAGUUUUUUGUUUUGAUUUGUUAUCUUGUUUUGUAAAUAACACAAAUUUAAAUAUUUUAAUUUUAAUGAUCCACUGAAAUUCAUAGACUACAAUACAUACUUCUAUCUGUUAUUUCCCUUCGUACAGUUGUCAUCGUCGCAUGACGACAAUUAUAUUUAUUUAAUAUAAUCUGCUCUUGAAUUAUAAGUACUUGCAAUAUUUUUAAAGUGUGUCUACCUGCCUGUGUUUUGUGAGGCUUUAGUUUUGAUUCCCUUAACAAUAAAAUAAAGAAUUUUAAGAUUUAAAAUGAUUCUGUUCAACAUACCAAAACACCUGUUACGUUUUGGAAGCUGCAGCAAUCAAACGUCGUUUAAGCUGGUUGCUUGUUACUCAACAUCCGGGAAUCAAACUAAAAAAAUAUUCGGAAGCGCCGACGAAGCCAUAUCUGAUAUUCCUGAUGGAAAAACUAUUCUUUUCGGAGGCUUUGGGAUCUGUGGUAUUCCAGAAAAGCUAAUUGAUGCUAUACUAAAGAAGAAUGUGAAAAAUAUCACAGCUGUUUCUAAUAAUGGAGGUGUCGAUAAGACUGGCUUGGGGAUACUUUUUAGAAAUAAACAAGUGACAAAGUUUAUUGCAUCUUAUGUUGGUGAAAAUAAUGAACUUAUCCGACAGUUUUUAAACGGUGAAAUAUCAAUGGAGCUGACCCCCCAAGGAACAUUAGCUGAAAAAAUCCGAGCUGGUGGCGCUGGCAUCCCUGCUUUUUACACACACACUGGUUAUGCGACUCUAAUUCAGAAAGGAGGUGCUCCCAUAAAGUACGGCAAAGAUGGAAAGGUCGAGAUUUACAGUAAGCCCAAGCCGGUUGCCACAUUCAAUGGCAAGAACUAUGUCUUAGAAGAAUCUAUCUUUGCCGAUUAUGCUCUUAUCAAAGCACAGAAAGCAGACCCGUAUGGAAAUGUUGUAUUCAAUAAAGCUGCUAGAAAUUUCAAUGCACCAAUGUGUAGAGGUGCCAAAUGUACGAUCGUCGAAGUUGAAGAAAUCGUUCCUGUUGGUGCAAUAAAGCCCGACGAAGUCCAUGUUCCUGGUAUUUAUGUACAACGAAUCGUUAAAGGUACUAACUACAACAAACGCGUUGAAAAGCUUACUAUUCGAGAAGAAAGUGGCCUAACCAAAGAGCCAAAGACUCCUGCUCAAGUUCUACGGGAACGAAUUGCAAAACGAGUAGCCAUGGAGUUUACUGAUGGGAUGUACGCUAAUUUAGGAAUUGGAAUUCCUGUUCUUGCAUCAAACUACAUUCCAAAAGGAGUGAACGUCAUGUUACAAUCAGAAAAUGGUGUUCUUGGCCUGGGUCCGUUCCCAACUAAGGAUGAAGUUGACCCUGACUUAAUCAAUGCUAGCAAAGAGUGUGUUACCAUCUUGCCUGGUGCUUCGUUUUUCGGAUCGGAUGAAAGUUUUGCUAUGAUUCGUGGUGGACAUGUUCACUUGACCAUAUUAGGAGCAAUGGAAGUAUCAGCUAAUGGUGAUUUAGCCAACUGGAUGAUUCCGGGAAAAUUAGUAAAGGGCAUGGGUGGUGCUAUGGAUUUGGUUGCUGCGCCAACAAGAGUAAUAGUUACCAUGGAGCAUAAUACUAAAAAUGGGGCACCUAAAAUUUUGCAAGAAUGUUCCUUACCACUAACGGGUCAAAAUGUUGUCGACAUGAUUAUAACAGAAAAGGCCGUAUUUACAGUGGAAAAGGAAACUGGUCUCACGUUGAUUGAAGUCGCAGAGGGACUGACAGUCGAUGAUGUGAUUGCGUGUACUGGUGCCAAAUUCACUGUAUCACCAAAUGUUAAAAAAAUGGGUCAGAUUGAUGAAUAAUGAUAAUAAUAUAGAAAAUAGUCACAGGUUGUGAUUCAUUUCUUACCCACAAGUCAGGAUUUAGAGCGGUUUAUUGUACAUUAAAGGUUUUUGAUAUUUUCUUAAGUGAUUAAAAUGCAUUUAUUUUGUUAAAAUAGAA